CGACUUUGGUCGGCCAACUUCACUGUAGAUUCUUCCUAUACCUAUAGCCGGUAGCUUCAUAUAUUGCAAAUCCUCUCGAACAUCUUCUUCUCAACAACCUACUCAUCCCUUACACUACUUCAUCGACCACUUCCACACUCCUACACACAUCCGGCUCAUCAUGAAGCUCCUCGCUCUCUUCCUCCUCGCCCUCAUGGGCCUUGUCAAGAUCGCCUCGGGUGUCGCUAUCACCAGCGUCUCCGACGAGCUUACUAAAUCUGCCGUCACCGGGGACUGUCACAACGGCGACGAAAAGUGCUCUAUCCUCCCAAUCAUCCUCCUUGGCCGCCACUCAAUCAAGCGCUGCAUCAACCACAACUGGGUCGACCACGAUAUCUGCAACGUCGGGGUCAUCUAUACCGCAGGCCCUUCACCUCACUGUACCGUCGCAACCCUCAACGGUGAGAUCACCAACGAGGCCGAUGAACCUGCUGUUACCGCCAACGAGUUUUCAUCCAGGCAAGAGGACUGUCGCGAGGGCGCCCAGCAGUGCGCGUACCUCAAUCCCAUCCGCCGACACAUCAUCCGGCGCUGCAACCGCCACAAUUGGGUCAACAUCAAGGUCUGCGAAGCCACCGAGACUUGUACUAGUGGUGCCGCGCCCCAGUGUGUCGCUCAGACUGUUCUGUCUCGUAACGAGGACGCCGAUGAAGACGGCAUCGACGCUGUAAGCUGCUUGAACAUAACUCCUCUUCCCAAAGAGUUUAAUAUAUGCUAACAAACCCCAGAACCUUGCCCACAAAGCCGACCUCCCCUGUACCAAAUGUAAGAGGAUGCGCGAUGAUUGCUUCAAGAACGCUCACUGCAGAAAUAAUCCUUGCCGCCACAACUGCAUCAAUAAGAUGAAGAGGUAUCUGGUUGAAGACGGUCGACAUGGACGGUAUCGCGGUACUUGUGCGGACUACUGCCCGCAGUUGUGUCGGUGAUGCGAAAGCGUGAUCUUCGAUCGUCUCGCGUUUACGUAUCGAUACUUCUGCUCGUCGCAUUCUGACAUGAUAUGGAUGCAUAGUGCG